AUGGAUCUCAAGGAAGAAUUCUAUGAAGCCGCAGCGGCGGCUGCAAGGCUUAACUGGGCGACGACACCAGAUACCUCGUGCAACAUGUUUGAGACUAAUAUUAGAUACUUGGGAGGCCUCCUCGCAGCAUACGAUUUAAGCCAGGAGCCAACUCUAUUGAGAAAGGCCGUUGAGCUUGGAGACAUGCUUUAUGCCGGAUUCGAUACUCCGAAUCAUAUGCCUCCUUUUUGGUUUGAUUUUGAGAAAGCAAAGGCUGGUCAGCUAGCUGCAGAAAACCAUCAGAGCUCGGCCGCGGUAGGCUCGUUCGCGCUGGAGUUCACCCGACUUUCUCAGAUUACCGGAAAUCCCAAAUACUACGACGCCAUCGCGCGGGUGACCCGGACGUUCAUCGAGCAUCAAGCGUCAACUCAACUGCCCGGUAUGUGGCCAAGGCUCGUUAAUGCGCGCGACCAGACCUUUCACGACACCACAUUCACCUUGGGAGCCCUGGCGGAUUCCCUCUACGAGUACUUGCCCAAGAUGCAUUACCUGUUGGGUGGACUAGAGCCAGCGUACGAGAAAGCCUAUAGGGACUCCAUGGCCACAGCUAUCGAUCACCUGCUGUUUCGACCUAUGCUUCCAAACAACACAGAUAUAUUAGUCGCCGGCUCCGCCACCGUCGCGGGUGGGAACUCCAGCCUCAAGCCCGAGGGUCAACACUUGAGCUGCUUUGCCGGGGGAAUGUUCAUCUUGGGAGGAAAGCUAUUGUCGCUCUCGGAGCAUGUCGACAUUGGUGCAAAAUUGACACGAGGUUGUAUUUACGCUUACAAUGCAUUUCCCACGGGCAUCAUGCCGGAGAUCUUCAAAAUGCGGGCCUGUCCUUCCCUGGAAGCGUGCGAAUGGGACGGAGAGCAGGUUUCCGAGUUACUACCUGAAGGUUUUGAGUCGGUCUCCGAUCGUUCAUACAAGCUUCGUCCGGAGGCCCUGGAAAGUGUGUUCAUACUUUACCGCACAACCGGGGAUCCAGGGUUACUGGACGCCGCAUGGCAGAUGUUCCAGUCCAUCCAGGCUGCCACAGAGACCGAAUAUGGCAACGGGGCCAUUGAUGAUGUGACUGUGACUGGUAAACCAACGCAAAGGGAUUCGAUGGAGAGCUUCUGGCUGGCAGAGACGCUCAAGUACCUCUACCUCAUUUUCUCGCCACCCGAUCUCGUCAGCCUGGAUGACUACGUCCUGAACACUGAGGCCCAUCCGUUAAAACGUCCAAAGUAA